CCAAUGCCAUUUUCGUCUCUGCAAAAUUCCCACACUCAAAAGAGACGAAGCAUAUUUUAAUCCAAUCACAACAACCAAAUUCUGUCUGUGAACAAUCAACAUGACCACUUCCGUGAAGAACAACUUCCUACCUCCUUCUUUGAUCUCCAAUCUCCAGCAAGUUCUGAUAUCCCGAAACGACGCCGUGGAACACCAAUCCACCAACUCCUUCGACUCAACCUCCUCAUUAUCUUCCCGUUCACGGAAUGCCGAGCCAAACACAGCGAAAGUGGUGCCAGAUUGCUCUAAGCCUGUGCUUCUGAUCACCAAUGGUGAAGGAAUCGAUUCACCUGGCCUCAAUUUCCUCGUUCAAGCUUUACUGUCCGACGGUCGCUUCAGUCUCCACGUCUGCGCUCCUCAAUCGGAUAAAUCGGUUGCCGGUCAUUCCGUGACGGUGCGUGAGACGGUUGCUGUAUGUUCAGUGGAAAUGAACGGUGCCACUGCUUUUGAAGUUUCAGGAACUCCUGUGGAUUGUGUCUCGUUGGCUCUGUCGGGAGCAUUGUUUUCAUGGUCAAAGCCUGUUUUGUUGAUUAGUGGAAUUAACAGAGGAUCAAGCUGUGGUCGUAAUAUGUAUUACUCAGGAGCUAUUGCUGCAGCUAGAGAGGCACUCAUUUGUGGUGUGCCAUCUCUUUGCCUGUCAUUCAACUGGAAGAAAGAGAUGAGCUGUGAAAGUGAUUUGAAGAAUGCGGCCAAUGUUUGUUUGCCUUUAAUAUUCGCAGCUGUAAGGGAUAUUGAGAGGAGAAAUUUCCCGGAAAGUUGCUUACUGAAUAUACAAAUCCCUUCUUGUCCCCUAGCAAACAAGGGAUUCAAAUUGGCCAGGCAGAGCCUAUGGAGGUCCUCUUUAAGCUGGAAAGCUGUGUCAGCAAAUAGGCAUCCUGCUGCUGGCCAAUAUUUGUCUAAUCAGCAAAGCCUUGGUAUUAAACUUGCACAACUCAGCCGAGAUGCAUCUGCAGCUGGUGCAGCAAGGCGCUUGAACUCACAAAGGCAGAAUGUUGAAAUUGAAUCUGUUGGUAUUGCUGGAAAACUGAGUGGCCAACAAACAAUCAAAAAAUACUUUCGCUUAGAGGUCUUGGACAAGGAGACAGAAACUGCAGAUGAUAAUCUAGAUUUUAGAGCAGUAGAAGACGGAUAUGUUGCUGUAACUCCCUUAUGUUUAUCUUCAACCGAUCAAUCCAAGAUUGAAACACAGGUUUCAAACUGGAUUACAGUUGCACUUGGCAGGAGGCAAUGAAACGAAGUUUCCUCUGCCAGUAGUACCUGGUAGUUAAACCUGUGCAUUCCAUUUCUUAAAAUCCCAAAAAAGAUCAAAAACAAAAGAAAAAGCAUGUCCCAUUGUGUAUCAGAUGGGUACGGCGACAGCUACAACAAAUGAGUGAUUUUGAGUUUGUGUAAUGUGCGGGCUCUACCUCUACGCCUUCCUAUUAAUUUAUAUGUUGCCAUGCGCUAAAUUGCCUGGCAAUUCAUGUCUCCUGGGGUACAACAAAGGUGCUUAAUUAUCAAAAAAAAUUACUUGCUUGGAAUGGAUAACAUGUAUCUUUUAUUUAAUCGACUGGUGUACCGCCCUGGAUGAAAGUGGAUUUUCAGUCCAUUGAUUCGAGGGGUUGGUCAGAAAAUGUUCCAUUAUCCUCCUUAUAGGAGUAUAUGUAUUUUAUCUCUUCCAUUCUCUUUCCACCUCCUGUUUAACUUUUAUUACAAAGGAACCGUCUGCUUUUUAUGGAUA